AUGGUCGGGGAAGAGAAGAGGCAUCAAAUGAUGCAGAAUUUGUUCGGCGACCAGUCGGAAGAAGAGGAAGAGGAGGUCGAAUCCGAGCACGAGUCCAAUCGUCGGCCUGAUUAUGCUUCUGAUGAAGGGGAUGGAGCACGAGAACCAGAAGAUGAAGGUGAGGGAGAAGUAGCAAUUGAAGAUGAGGGUGAACCUCAGGACCUGCAUCAUAUACAUGGGGAGAGUGAGGGUGAGAGAGAUCACAGUCCUCAAGAAGUUGAAUUUGGGGAUCAGAAGGAAGAAAGUGAAGGAAGGUACUUGGAAAGUGAUGAAGAGGAGCAUGAUCAACAAGUUGUAACAAGCAGAGGGCAUGAUGAAGCUAUAAGUGAAUCAGAAGGUUCUGGGGAGAGCAAUUAUGCUGCUGAUGAGAACGACGAAGUUAAUCAUGCUAGGAGUCCCAGGUCUAAAUCGCCUGCCCAAGAAAAUGAUGAAGAUCAAUAUUUGAACUCAGCUCCAGAGAUUCGUGAUGUUUUUGGGGAUUCUGAGGAUGAAGAACAAGCUGCAUAUGAAACUCAUAAUGAGAUUGAAGAAGAUGAAAAUCAAUCACCCGUCAAUGAAGACAUGAAUUAUGAGAAAGAACUGAGGCCGGAGGAUAUUAUUCCUGAUGAAGAUGCUCCAUAUUACUCUGAAGAAGAUCAGACAGUAGCUAAGCCUAAGGAGAAACCAGUUGGUCCCCCAUUGGAGUUGGAAGUUCCGCUGCAGCCACCUCCAGCUGAAUCUGAAAAGAUGAACAUGAUCAAAGUUUCUAAUAUAAUGGGCAUAGAUCGUAAACCUUUCGACCCCAACAAGUACGUGGAUAAGGAUGUUUAUGUGCCUGACGAAUCUGGAUCAAAAAAGCGAAUACGGCUGGACAACAAUGUUGUUAGGUGGAGGAAGGUUAAAAACCCAAACGGCACAACAUCUGUUCAGAGCAAUGCUCGCUUCGUGGAGUGGUCAGAUGGAAGCCUGCAGUUACUUAUUGGAAAUGAAGUGCUUGAUAUAUCUAAGCAAGAUGCUCAACAUGAACAAACACACCUUUUUUUAAGUCAUGGCAAGGGUAUUCUCCAAUCUCAGGGGCGGAUAUUAACGAAAAUGAGGUUUAUGCCCUCCUCGUUGCUCUCAAAUUCUCAUCGUUUACUAACUGCCCUUGUUGACUCGCGUCACAAAAAGGUUUACAAAGUCAAGAACUGCAUCACUGAGAUCGACCCCGAGAUGGAGAAAGAUAAAAGAGAGAAGGCUGUUAAUCAAUCAAUUAAAGCUAAUGAACUUCUUAGCCGUAAGAAGGAGAAGGUAAACCGUAAGUAUACGCAACCUAUCCGCCGGGAGCGUCAGCUUUCGCCUGGUUUUCUAGAGGAUGCUCUUGACGAGGACGAUGAACAAGAUUAUUAUGAUUCUCGUCGGUCUUCUGGUCGCCGCCGCUUUGAGGAAGACUUAGAAAGGGAAGCUCGAGCUGAGAGGCGCAUGAUGAAUGCAAAGAAGGCACGUCCUAACUACAUCACUUCCUUCGGACAUGGCCCUAAAGAUGUCCAUCGCAAGGUAUCCCAUCCUGCAGCCAAAUCAUCACGACGGCCCGUAGAAUUCUCAGAAAGUGAGAAGGAGGAAUCCGAGUACGAAACUGAAGGGGAAGAAGAUGAGAAUUCCCCACCACAUCGGGGUGCUGUGGAAGCCGAAGAAGAUUACGCUGAAGAAGAUGAAGAACAUGAAAGAGGGGAAGAGGAAGAGACCUAUGCAGAAACAGAUGAAGAGGCUGAGGAACCGAAGCAGAGUGCCAGGGAUUCGCGAGGCAGCCUCAAAAGGAAGAACAUUGAGUCAGAUGAGGACUCUCCUCCAAGGAAAGUUACAACUCAUCGGCGGAUGAAAAUGGUUUACGAGAGUGACGAUGAAUAA